CCAAACCAAGCCCAACAACAACUUAACCAAUUUUGUCAAAACGUCGCCGUCGUUACGUCGUAUCUCAAGAAAAUCGAUCGAUUUGUCGCCUCCGUCUCCGCCAUAUACUGCUCUGAAGCUGAACUGAAAAUACUCGCUCACUUGAACGACGGCGACGGAUUUUUCUUCAAUUAGGGUUGAACUUGUUAGGUUAAUGGACAGACCGCCUCAUGACUAUGCUGCAUUUCCCCAGCAGCAGCAGCAGCAGCAGUUUGGAUUUCAUCCUCAGCAUCAGCAAUUUCCCCCACCUCAGUUUAUGCCCCACCAUCCUUCAAUGCAACAAUUUCCUUACCCUCCACCUCACUUCCAGCAGCAGCAGCAGCAGCAUCCUCACCAUCUUCACCAACAGCAGCACCCUCCUCCUUUCCCACCACAGCCACACCUACCCCCUCACCUCUAUCCUCCUUCUCCCUUCCAUGAUUCCCCUCCCCCUCCAGCUCCUCCGCCGUCCGACCCUGAACUCCAAAAGCGUAUCGACAAACUUGUCGAGUAUACAGCCAAGAACGGCCCUGAAUUCGAACUCAUGAUCCGUCAAAAGCAGCAGGACAAUCCUGCUUAUAGUUUCCUCUUUGGUGGGGAGGGUCAUAGCUAUUAUCAUUACAAGCUUUGGCUGUCUACACAUCCCCAACCCGGAUUCCCCUUUAACCCUCCUUUCCCACCUUCUUCCAUGCACCCCUUGAUAAACCCUGCUGUUGCCACUUCUUCCUCAAUCAUGGGCGCCCCUCCUAUGCACCAACCGCCUUUUCCUCCGUACUAUGAUCCGCAGCAGCAGCAUCACCAUCAGCUCUCUCAUCCCUUUGGCCCUCACGCUCGUCCAGAUUUUGAUCCUAAGUCUUUCAAGGGUCUUUCGGGUCCUCUUCCGCCUGAUAUUGGAAUGGAGCUCACUAAUGUGCUUAACAGUCUCAAUGGCACCAAGGACUCUAUCAAAGGUGCCAAGACUUGGUUCAUGCAGAGGUCUCCAUUUGCACCAGCUCUGGCUGAAGCAUUAAGAGACAGGGUUUUAACUGUAGAUGAUGCUGAGAGGCAACUGCAUGUUAUUUAUCUCGCAAAUGAUAUUCUUUUUGACAUUUUACAGAGGAGGGUGAAUUCUCAUGAGCUUGAUAACGAGGCCCUUGCAUUUAAACCGGUUAUUGGGCCUAUGCUUGCGAGAGUCUAUCACAACCCCCAAAAUCAAGAUGAAAAUCAGCCACGCCUACAAAAAAUUCUGCAGUAUUGGGCUUCCAACGGGGUAUAUGAUCAAGAUACUAUUUAUGCACUUGAACGUGAGAUGGUUGGUGGACCACCAGCAAAUUUGUUUCCAGGGCCCCGAAAAGAUUUAUCUACUGCCUCAGAUUCCUUGGCUACUGGAGGCUUUACUCAGCAACCAACAAGCUAUAAUGCUCCAGUUUGGCAGCCUGACGGACAAAGUGCACCGGAUCAUGUGCAUCCUGAUAACCAGAGGCCCCUUGCCAUGCCACCAUCUCUAGGAAACCAGCAAUUUAUGCCAAGCUCGGUUCCUGCAGGUAUCUUUCCAGGGUCCAUUCCUAUUGGCUCUUCUGUUCUACCGGUCGGUCAACAACCUGCACCACAUUCAUUGCAAGCACCUUCUACGAAUGUUGGUGAAAAGUUGCCACCUUAUCCUUUAUUCCCACCCGGUCUUAUUCCUGGGAUGGUAAGAAAGAUGCAGAUCGGCAGUGGAGUGCCUUAUUCUCCUUUGAGUCCCUUGGAUAUCCCAACAGUUAUACCUCCAUCCAAUGUAUCCCCAUCAGAAAUUCUAGAUAGAGUGUCAAAAUACUUUAAAGAGAUUGGAGAGGUGAACCCGAUUGAGGAAUCUCUAAACUCUCAUUUAGAAGAUGAAGAUGAUGAAUACGAGAGAGAUCCUCCUGUUCGUAAGGGAGGAGCUUGCAUCCCUCCACCCCCAAAUUUGCAGGUUGACCCAGAGACUGGAACUUGUGCUGACGGAAGUUUUGAGCGGAAACCAGGAUCCACUAGCUCAGGAAGACUGGGACUUGGGGCGGCAGCUGACCCCAACGAGGCAAGUCAAUAUGAUGAUGUUUACACAUCUUACAGAAAACAGCGAAGUACUAACUACCAUACAUCCAUGAGUGCUAAAGCCGCUACAAAGUGAAGUCUGCGGAUAUGUCUCACCGUGUUAAUCAAGGGUAACACCACAACUUGAUAUGCGAGAUAAAAUUUUGUUCUAGUGGAAUGUACGAAAGGGUGCUGUAAUCUCUCAAACCAGGAAGUGGAGUGUAAUUAGAAUGGGGAACCUAUUGUUAAUCAUUUUAUCCCAUAGUGAAUCAAGCUGCUGGGAACAAAUGUGGGUUUCAGCAGAGGCUUUGAAAGCAUAAAUUGGAAAGCAGUGGGGGAUUAGAAUCCAUUUGCGAAUGACAAAAUCACCUGACAUGCAAACAUUCUAUAAUUUGUCUGUAUGCUUGUGGGCAUCAUGUGCUCUUUCGAUUUGUCAAAGUUUGAUCCUUUUAUUUGUUGGAACUUAAUUUGCAGAACACGUUAAUGUGAAGAAAAAAAGAUAAAAUUUGAUCUUGUA